AUGACCUCGCUCAUAGCCUCGCAUCGCCUCGCGGUGCGGCCAACGUCGUCGGCGUCGACGCCCCGUCGCGCCCAGGCCCCCUUUGCCGCUGCAAGGUAUCGCUCGGAUGCGACGUCCAGCCGCGUCGUGGCCGCGCGGGGCUCCCAGGUCUCGGCUGCUGCAGUUGCGGACGUGACGCGGCGGCGCACCAUCGUCGCGCAGUCCGCGCCCGCGGGCCAGGCGACACCCACUGUGGUGGCUACGCGAGAGAAGGGGAAGAAUGGCUCUCUGAUCAAGGCGCUGCGGGCGCGCGGCAUCCACGGCAUCGAGCUCCCGCUCAUCGAGCACUGCUACGCGGAAGACACGGAGGCCCUGCCUGCGGCGCUCAACGAGGAAUGGGAGUGGGUCGUUGUCACGUCUCCUGAGGCCGCCAUCGUGCUGCUCGAGGCCUGGCACGCAGCCGACCGGCCCGACAUCCGCGUCGCUGCCGUCGGCGGCGGCACCUCGCGCCGCCUGGCGUCCGUCGAGGGCUUCCCCAAAGUGGCCUUCCAGCCCUCGCGCGCGUACGCGACGCAACUGUCCGCGGAGCUCCCGAUGACCGACGGCGGCAACCGCCGCGUGCUCUACCCGGCGAGCGCGCGCGCCAAGGCCACUUUGCAGGACGGCCUGAGUCAGCGUGGGUUCGAGGUUACCCGCAUGAAUACAUACUCGACGAAGCCCGCGGAGGACCUCCCCGAGGACGCACUCAAGCAGGCGCUCGAAGCCAAGGUGCUGACGGUGGCGUCGCCGUCGGCGCUCCGGGCGUGGCUCAAGAUCUCCGGCGGGCACCCCGACGGCAUGCACGUCGCCUGCAUCGGCAGCACCUCGGCCACGGCCUGCGAGCGCGCCGGCCUCGACAUGACGCGCGUCCACUGGCCCCAGGACGCGAGCCCGGGCCUCGAGGGCCUCGUCGGCGCCGUCGAGGAGGCGCUCGCCGCCGCCGCCGCCGAUGAGCCCGAGCCGGGGGUGAGCGAGGCGGUGGCCGACUCGCCCGCGCCGCUGGCGCCGGAGCCCGAGCCCGAGGCCGUCCCCGAGCCCGAGGCAGCCGCCGAGCCCGAGCCCGAGCCGCAGCCGGAGGCGGAGGCGGAGGCGGAGGCGGAGGCGGAGCCCGAGGCCGCACCUGAGCCUGUGGCGGCCGCUGAGCCGGAGGCCGAGCCGGAGCCGGAGGCCGAGCCCGUGCUCGCGCCCAAGCCGCAAAUGGCUGCGGCGGCGGUGGAGGAGGCGCCGAAGCCCGAGCCAGUGGCGGCGGCGGCAGAGGUGGCGGCCGCGCCGCGCGUCGCGGCCAAGGCGGUGCGGUCGGAGAGCAGCGACGUCACGAUGGUGUUCACCGGCGACGACCUCAAGUGCGCGACGUUCGCGGAAUUCAUGCAGCGGCGACAGGGCUGA